AGUUAGCCUCGACCAACGGCCCGUCACUUCACAAACUGAUUUGAGCGCCUUUGCAAUUGGACUUCAACGACUUAAAAAUGCAGUUGAAGAUUUUACCCUUCGUUUCUUUCCUUGCGUAUUUGAGCAUAAGGUAAGAAAACCUACAGAAUUCGAACUGGCUACCUUCGUAACUUCUUGCUUUAACCACAGCUAAACAUCUGAAUAUUACGGUCUUCUCAGUCACUGGUAUUCUGUGAGCUCUGCGAAUAAUAAUAAAUACGUGACAAAUGUAACAAGUAUUUGUAAAAAUCUGAAUGUCAGGGUCUUACUCGGGUAAAGGUAAUUCCGGUCAGAUUAAGUUUUGUUUCUGAUAUUUUUAUAUAGUCAAUUUUUAAUCUUUCAAAAGUAGAAGUGCGCAUUCCUGUCCGAUUCUUUACGAGACUAGUAAUGGUUUGUCUGUGAAGCUAAAUGAAAUCGAGAAAACGAUAACUGUAGCACGAAUUCGAAUUGUCGCGGUAUUAGUUGCCACUGAACAAAUGCGAUGCCGGAAUAAAUAUGGCCUUAGUUGACCACUUUGGGCACAACUGAUGCGUCUAGCGUGUUCGCAGCAGCAAAACUGAUGUAUUUCACAAAAGGCUGUAAAAAAAAUCUUACAAUAUAUGACUUGUGGUGAGUAUAUUAUAUUGAGUAUAUCGGUAUAUUGACUAUAUAAUGCCGGGAAAAACGUUUAUCGUUCAGACAAAAUAUCAUUCUGCGCCCCAACUAUUUUGUUCUUUUUCACGCAGAACUACGAUUUCCUGUCCGAUUCUUUUUAAGAACAACCAUGGAAAGAGUUUCAAGAUCGGCGAAAUCGACGUCGAAAAUUGCAGUGCACAGGGGAAGUGUCAGGUAUAUACCAGUCUACUGGGCAUUUUUGAUUUACAGAAAGCUGUCGUGAAGGGCUCUUGCAUUGUUAGUGUUAAAUAGUACAUUAGAUCGUUUCUGUUUUUUCCCGCUUAGCGCCAGCAGCAUGUAAUUGCUUUAAAUGUUGAUUGAUUUUAUCAAAGCUUUCGUUUGUUAUGAUUGGGAAAAUUUUUUACUUUGGUUCUAGUAAGGCAAUAGAAUGAAAAUGAACGGUUUUAACAGCUGCAAAUGCCACAGUCGUAAGAAAGACAAAGCAAAAUUCACAGUCAGCUGUACAGUGUUUGGUUUAAGCAUUUGACAGUUUCGCCAUGGGUUGACAAUGAUUUUUUUUCUCUCUCUCUCUCUCCUUUCUUUAUAGCAAGGUUUGAUUUACCAACAGACAAUGACUCCUACUUGGCUGGAAGCACAUGCGUCCUACAUCUAUAGGGCUCGAAAAUCAACCGCUGACCAAAUAACAUUCCACACAGGCUUCACAGCAAAUGCUGUUCUUUUCAGAGUUGCCUUGAUUCCUCCUGGUCUCUUUAAGAAACCCACUCCACUGACCAUCGAAAUAACCCUCGCCAUGGACAUAAGUAUCGGCCAAUCCACGGACAGCGAUAUCAUCUUUGGAGUCUCAGACGGAAGCAAGUUUGUUGGGUUCAUGAUCGUAGACAAAUCAAAUUAUCGUGACCACGCACCCUGCUAUGGGGCUGAAGGCAUCCCUGGGAAAACUUUGAGAUAUUUGAAGACAAUCAGGAAAAGAGAGCCCAGAACAAGAGACUCCUUCUAUCCUGGCCAGCUUGUCUUCACCCUCAAGCUAGAUGAAAAAAGAGGGUACUGCUACACUGCGCAAGACGGAGGUUACGUGAAGACUGAUGGAUACAGCAAGCAACUAUCGCUAAACAAUGGACUCACUCUGGAAGCGUACAAGGACAAUGAUGCAAGAGAGAGAUAUGGAAUCAAGCUCAUUAAAGUUGCUAUCACAAAAGAUGCAGUUUAGACAAUGUAAUCAACAAAUCAUUCAAUAAGUUUUGUAUCGUCUUUUUUUUUCUUUUACAUUUCUCUAUUGUAAAACGUAAUGAAAGUAAUCGGCGAAAAAAGUA